UUUAGUUUCGAAUAUCGUCACUUUGGGUAACGACGUGUUGGUUGGUGAGUGUUGUGUUGCUGUUGGACGGUUUGUUUCCGUCCCUCCUCGAUCCGAUUGCUGGGAGCAUAUAGGUGUGUGAUUGCGCUUACCUGCUUGGAAUCGUUUGUGCACCCCUCUUCCCUCGCCCUCCGUGGUAUCCUGCGCCGGCUAAAUGAGGGUGCAGUAGCAGGAUUAGGGUGUGUAAGAACGCGCGGUGUUGCGAUCGACGACAGCGUAGGUGUGGGUGUACGUGUGCAGUGACAGAAGAUAAACAAUAGAUGUGCAACGAUUUAAAUUUGGAAAACGACUUCGAUGAAAGGUGAACUACGUGACCGCUGGAUUGCAAACUUGUGUUGCGAGGAAGAGCAAAAUUAAGUGUAAUUGAAUGAGAUUCAAUUGAGGCGUUUGUCCGUGAUAAGCUUGCGAUUGAUUAUGCUAAUUGAUGGUUACUUAAUUUGGCUAAUUACGGCAACUGGUUUACUGUGGCGAGUGUGAGCUGUUUACAUUUUGUGCUUGCGGCGAAAACAACAACUGAAGAGUUUAUACACGAAGGAAAAGUGCGACCAUCUGUUGCAAGGUGAAGUGCAAGAGAAAUAACAACAAACGAAGAGUGUGAAAUAAUGGUUUCUUGAAAACAGAAAUGUUUAUUUAAUCAAUUGAAGGAGAGUCGGAGAUCUGACGGAAAACAGCAGCUAAAACAAGAGUGAUUGAUUUCGUUGUAAGUGGCCCCAGUCGUGCAGCGAGGAAUACUACCUUAAAAAGUGGUUCAAAUAUCAAACCUGAAAUCAAAACCAGAAAAAGGUGAAAAAUUUGUCGAAGCUAAAUUGAAAAUUGUGCAGCUUUUGAUGUAACGCAGCGACGCAUGUCGCGUCGAGUUUUGGAAUUUGAUUGGUCGGUGGAUUUUCCGACCAUACCGAAAGCCAAAGUGGCCUAUCGAUUUGAUGCGAAGCAUUAUCGACUUUGAUCGACAGUUUGUCCGGUGAUUCUACUGUGGUGGUGUGUGGCGAUGUUGCCUGAUUGUGAUUCAAGUUGAGAAGAGAUACCCAUUUUGAGGAGCCGCCGAAGCGGAAUGAUUGGCGGCGGAGAGUCGUGAGCAGGUCUGAUCGACUGGAAAAAUGGUUGAGUGAAAAAUUGCGCACUUUGUGGAGCAAGGAAAAGUGCGCCGACUUUUUUUUCGGAUGUUUGUUUUGAUUUGUUCGUGACAAUUGAACCAACGCGCUGCGGACUAAGGGAGCAGUGCUUUACGAGUUUUAUUUCGAGAGACUGCUGUUUGUUUUACACGAGAUGGAUUUGACCAGAAGAACACGUCGAACGGAGCCGCCCAGAAUGAUAACAGCUUCCCUGCGGUUUAUGCUAGUGGUGAUAGCGAUACUGGUCCUGGGUGCCAACGCCGAUAAGACGAUGGACACCCGGGAGGGUGAGGACGUGACACUCAAAUGCCGCUUCAACGAACACUACUCGGACCGGGAGUACUCUUACUACUGGGCCCGGCAGAGUCUCAACAAGUACGACAAUGUGGCCAUCAAGUCGGAUACCUUCAAUCAGAACUACAAAAUCGAUUACCGCCCGGAGAAGGGCAUCUACGACUUGCAGAUCUUGAAUGUGUCGUACUCUCGUGAUAACGGUCGGUACGAGUGCCGAAUCAAGCUGUUCGGUGACGGUGAGGUCAUCUACGAAGACUAUUACAACCUGACGGUGCUGACGCCUCCUCAGCCUCCGCUGAUAUUUCCCGGUAGUGAAACCACCGCCACCGAGGACAAAGAACAGGAGCUGACUUGCAGCAGCGUUGGCGGAUCACCGGAUCCCAUGAUUUCGUGGUACCGCGAAGGCAGCACGACCCCACUGGCGGCCAAUCAGCUUACCGGUGGAUCGCGGGAUGUGCAAACCACAAGCACACUGACAAUCAUCCCCCGCCGCGAGGACGAUGGGGCCAAGUUUAUGUGCGUUGUCUGGAAUCGUGCACUGCCGGAAGGCCAACGGCUCGAGACGGUUACGACACUGUCCGUCAACUAUUUUCCUCGAGUUGAAAUCGGCCCGGAGAAUCCAUUGAGCGUAGAGCGUGACCAGACUGCCAAGCUGGAGUGCAACGUCGAUGCCAAACCGAAACCGGAACGUGUGCAAUGGACCCGCAAUGGUCGUUUCAUUUCGUCCCACCCAGUGCACACCAUUCACCGUGUAUCGCUUCAGGACGCCGGAAAGUAUGCCUGUUCCGCCGACAACGGGUUGGGUAAAUCCGGGGAGCAGGAAAUCAUGCUGAAUGUCCUUUACCCACCGAUCGUGCAGAUAGAAUCCAAGACCAAAGAAGCCGAGGAGAAGGAAACCGUACAGAUCAAGUGUAACGUUACGGCGAAUCCUCCUCCAGUUACAAUCGAAUGGCUGAAGGAAGGUGAUAUGGACUUUAGGAGAAAUGGAGACACUCUUAGCUUGCGGGACGUUCGGGCUGAGGAUGCUGGAACCUACAUCUGCCGGGGUAUUAACAUAAUGAAACCAUACGGAGGAAAGACCCUAGAGCGAGAAGGCAAUGCUUCGAUUGCGCUGUUGGUUCGUCACCGUCCAGGUCAAUCAGUGAUCACUCCGGAGAAGCCGGUAGUUCAUGUUGGUAACAGCGUUAGCUUAAUGUGCAAGGCUGAUCCUCCAGGUUGGCCACUAGCCCAGUACCGCUGGUAUCGCGACGUUGGAGGUGAAGUUUCAACCACGGUGAUUGCGCAAGGAGCUCAGUACCUUAUUCCGAAAGCUGGUCUACAAAGUGAAGGCAAAUACUACUGUCAUGCUGGAAAUGAUCUAGGAAACGGUGGAAUGGCUAGUGCGGUGCUGGAAGUGCAUCAACCACCGCAAUUCCUAGCUAAACUGCAAUCAAACAUGAUUCGUCGGGCUGGAGAAUCCGAGUUCACUGUUACGUGCAGUGCCAAGGGAAAACCAGAACCUUCGAUCACCUGGCUGAAGGACGAUAUCGAAAUCACUCCGGAUCUGCACAUGUUUGAAGUUAAAACCAAUGUCGAUAAAGGUCCCAACGGUAUGGUCACUGUUCAAAGCAUGCUGAAAUUUGUCGGAAAAGUUCGAACAAAUGGAAACGAUCUGAUGCCCGGAGAUCGUGGCCAGUACACUUGCUUGUACGAAAAUGAAGUCAACAAGGCCAAUUCUACUAUGCAUCUGAAGAUCGAACACGAACCCAUUGUUCUACAUCAGUACAACAAGGUUGCCAACGAUAUCAGGGAAACCGCCGAAGUUGUGUGCAAGGUUCAAUCAUACCCCAAACCGGAAUUCCAAUGGCAGUUCGGAACCAAUCCUGCUCCAAUUAACAACAAUGAUCACUACGAAAUCAGUGCAACAUCGGACAGCAACGAUGUCUACACUAGCAUCCUGAAGAUCAACAACCUACGGCAUCAAGACUACGGAGAUUACCAUUGCCGCGUUUCCAAUGUUCUUAAUACCAUUCACGUACCGAUUCGCCUUCAGCCCAAGGGAUCUCCGGAGAAGCCAACAAAACUGAAACAUGUGGAACUCGGUCCUAACUUUGUUGUCCUGUCCUGGACUCCUGGGUUUGACGGAGGUCUCAGCAAUACAAAAUACUUUGUGUCCUACCGCAAGAUCGUGAUCCCGAAUGAAAGCUUGGUAACCGACGAUUGUGCUGCAGUUGCUGCCAAUGGUGCCGAAUGGAUGGAAUUCGACUGCCGGCGGGAAGUUCCAUGCACCAUUACUCCUCUCGAUCACCAUCAGAGCUACAUGUUUAAAGUGAAGGCCCUGAACACUAAGGGGGUAUCCGAGCAUUCAAAUGAAAUCACCGCUACCACGAAGGUUGAAAAGGUUCCCAUUCCUCUGCAUGCUUCGUUCGAUCCGGAAACUCGCCUCUUGGCGUUGAACAUUGGAGUCACUUGUCUAUCGAUGAUCGCAAUUGUGGAAUCGGUUAUCUAUGGCGACACUCCCAUGGCGGCUUGGCAUAUUAUAGAAACCAUCGAGCUGGAUGUGAAUGGCCAUGAACCGACUUAUAAGGAGAGCAAAAUUGAACAUUUCGUAGCUAACCGGAGAAAUAACGGACGAUCGCUUGGAACGGCACUGGAAGACAUUCCCAUGCCGGCUUUGGAUGAUGAGCUGAAUCCGAGAGUGCGCGUCAAACUUUGCCUGAAGAUCAAUCACGAGUACUGUGGAGAAUAUGUCGAAGCUGACAUUGGUCCCUCGCUCAUCACGGAAGCGUCGUUUGUGGAACUCCCGACGUUGAUUGCAAUUGUAGUAUCCUGCAUCGUUGCCGGUUUGUUCGCCGUGUUGCUACUGAUGUUCUGCCGAUGCAAGCGUAAACAGUCCAAGGAAUCGGCCAAGGCCAAGGAGUACGACAUUGAUUCCAUCCACCCGUCAAUUGUGGCUCAGCAAAAUCAGGCUCCACCGCCGUACUACUCCGCAAGCAGCUUGGAAAACAAAGCUUUGGAACAUUCGAUGGACCUGGCCAUGGACCAGAACCAAGCGCUGUACGCUAGUCAGCAAACGUAUGGCUAUCAUCAACAGAACGCGAUGAUGCCACAGGUGCCGCAGAAUGAUUGGUCCAACAUGGGUUACGUUGAGAACUCGUACUCUAACUCUAACAACGGUGGAAGCGUCAACUCACAGGACUCGAUCUGGCAGCUGAAGAUGUCGGCCGCGGCUUCCAAUUCGGCAAACAUGAUUCCCCAGCACAACUACAUGGAUCAGCCGCUGCAGCAGAACUACGGAUACGAUCCGAUGACCCAUGGUGGCUACGGAGCAGUUGACGAUUAUGCUCCGUACCCGCACCUGAUGACCACGGCCAGUCAGCAUGGAGGCGACGACUAUCACCCGAACAUGAGAAAUAGCCAGAACCCAUCGCGUCAGGACUACUGCAGCGAUCCGUACGCUUCCGUGCACAAGCCGAAGAAGAGGAUGGACCAGCAUAUGGACUUUGUUGCCGAAUCACCCUACCAUGAUGUCAGCGGGCUUCCAGACCCAUACAUGGAACAGGAAGAAGUCAAAUCACCGGGCCCGAAUCAGCACCUCUCGAUGAGCUACGACGACGCCUUGGCACUGGAAAGCGGCUACUCGACUCCGAAUUCGCGCAAUCGACGUGUGAUACACGAAAUCGUCGUGUAGAACUGCUUGCCAUAACAAUGGAUAUGACCAGGACAAUUAAUAGGAUUUUACAAGGACGCGCAACAAGGAUACGCUCAGAAAUGAAUCGAAUGCAAACGAAGCAAUCACACAUACACGCAGACACACACAAUCAUAAGCAAAUUUUAAGCAACACACAGAGAAUAGUUCAAAUUUUAUUUGUUUUAACGAAGAAUAAAAGUACGGCAGCAGCUAUCUGCUACGUAAUUGUAGUUCAAAAUGAAUUAUGAUUGCGUUGCUACAAGCUACACGAGAGACAAAGGAGAAAAUGAGAGUUUAUAUAUUAAAAAUAACGAUCGUCUGGACGAACGGCUUCAGCCCAAGGGCUUUAUUUGAUCUCAAAUAACUCUUUCUGAGGCAAUCGCUGGAUGGUGCGGCCAAACUGUGAUUGUAAAUAUAACCGUAAGCCUAAAUAAGUUGAGCUCCAGUUAUUUUUAAAUCGUGCACUGUUUUACGAAAUGAAGAAAUCAAACAUCGAUCUAGGGAAAUUCUCAAUUAAAUCGACACUACCAUGAGUAAUCUCACACUAGAAGUGGGCGGAGUGGUUCCUUUUCUGAAUGUAGUACCGAAUGUGCCAUUUACUGUUUGUGUCGAAAUCUCAAUUGGAAACGUGUACUCAAAAGUGAAACCGGAAGCAAUCAGAUCAAAACAAUGACCACUUUGCUUGGAAAUUAGAAUUUUCCUCUCUGAGUGAGGAAAUAAUAUGAGAUUAAGGGAAAAUAUGUCUGCUACAUGAUACUUAACGUUAGACAUAAUUCGUCAAAGUCGACUAGUAUAUCGAAAUGAGAAGGUUUAUAUAGUAUAUUUUAAGGCAAAAUGGUGCCAUUCAUAAUUCAUUUCGACUGGUUGCACACUAUCAAAGUGGAGCCUCGUCCCACUCGAAAUGAGUUCUGAUGAAUCUUCCACCUGAAACUAGGAAUACGAAGGCGUGACACAUGACAAUAAUAUAAAUCUGUAAUUCAAGUGUCUUCAGAAAAUUGCACCAAAAGUUUGAGAAUUGCAAAUCCAUAAAAAAUCCUCGCUGCCAAACUUUCAAAUUUUACAACAAACAAUAUGGCAGCGAUUUAUUAUAGUUAGCUCUCAAAGAAAUCAACAGAAAGAAAUUUCCAUUUAGCAGUGCGGGGGAUACCUAAAUACUUGAUUUGCUUUUAUAAUCAACCGAUCCAAUUUGCAAGUUUUAAACUUUGGCUAUGAUUUGCACUAUCUUCAGCAACCAUUGAAGGGAAAAAGAACUUUUUGUUCGUCUCAAUCGUUGAAAUUUUCCAGUGCGGUGCUGUAAGAAGUUCAGCCCAAAAGUGGCACAAGCAUUUCUUCUAAAGAAUGUUGCCUGUGUGUCACUUUUCAGCGAUAAAUACGUCCUCCCUGAAUUGUUUCUUCAGUGUACUACACACUUUAAACUCCUCACGUUUGUGAGAUUAAUGCAAACUUGUAAAAUGUAAAUUUCCUUUUUUCUGUCAGCUUCCCUUAACUUUUACUUUUUCCUCCGUAGUUUUUAAAUAUGUUCGUAUUUUUUCUUCUUUCUUUCGUUUAUAAGUUAGUGACUAUCAUUAUACAUACACACCCCGAUAAGGAUAGGAAAGCGCUAGGCGAGAAAUGAGUAAUUAAAAACUUGUACAUACCGAACACCGAGCGAAGGCAAAACAAAGUUGAGUUUCCAUGUUGUGUUUCUGUGAAAUGGUAGAGAAGUGUUGCAGUUACAGUUGCAUAAUUUUCCAUCCCCGCUGUAAACACCAUUCUCCAUUUAAAACUCAACAGGCACUAAAUUAAAGGGCUAAUCGUUUCUGGAGCGACAGGGACAAACGCGAGCCAUUCCAGGAAUGA